UAUAUUUGCAGUAAGGUAUCCAAGUAAUAUGGAAGGAAGUGAUUAACAUUAAUAGUCCACAUGGCUCUAUAAAGGGCAACUACACAUUCUAAUUCCCUCUUCUUUUUCUUUGUCCAUUUCCAACACAAACUACCAUUGGCCACCCUUCCCAAGUUUCCAAAACACACUAAUUUUUUUUCCAUCCAUUUUCUUCCUGAUCAGCAAUGGAGGUCUGUCUCUGUCUAUGUUCCAUCUCAAGAUCAUCAUCAAUCACUAAAUUUGGCACUUCUCCCAUUCUGAUAGAAUUGUUGCUUUCUCUUAUGUGCUUUACGCAUACAGAUGCUUAUGAUGUACUCGAUCCCAAUGGAAAUAUUACCGUCAAGUGGGAUGUCAAGUCUUGGACUCCAGAUGGAUAUGUUGCUAUUAUUACAAUAUAUAACUUCCAAAAAUAUCGUCAUAUUCAAGCACCGGGGUGGCAACUGAGUUGGACAUGGGCAAAAAAAGAGGUAAUUUGGAGUGCAGUUGGAAGUCAAGCCACAGAGCAAGGAGACUGUUCAAGAUUCAAAGGGAACAUACCUCAUUGUUGCAAAAGAGACCCAACCAUUGUCGACUUGUUUCCAGGAACUCCGUAUAACCACCAAAUUGCAAAUUGCUGCAAAGGUGGAGUGAUAAGCUCGUGGAUUCAAGACCCAGAGAAAGCUGUUAGUGCAUUUCAACUUAGCGUUGGUCAAGCAGGAACAAGUAACAAGUCAGUGAGGUUGCCAAAAAACUUCACCCUCAAGGCACCAGGACCUGGAUAUACCUGUGGCCCUGCAAUGAAGGGGAAACCAACCAAGUUUCUAACACCAGAUGGAAGGAGGUUCACUCAAGCUUUGAUGACAUGGAAUGUUACUUGCACAUAUUCACAGUUCCAAGCCCAGACGGCACCCAGUUGUUGUGUCUCAUUGUCCUCUUUCUACAAUGACACAAUUAUAAAUUGCCCGACUUGCACAUGUGGUUGCCAAAAUAGCAUAACUCACCCGGGAACAUGCAUAGAGCCAGACUCCCCUUAUUUAGCUUCAGCACUACGAAUUUCUGAAAAGAAUGAUUACAAACCUCUUGUGCGGUGUACUAAGCAUAUGUGUCCCAUUAGAGUUCAUUGGCAUGUUAAGACCAACUACAAAGCUUACUGGAGGGUAAAAAUUACGAUAACAAAUUUUAACUAUAGAAUGAAUUAUUCCCAGUGGAAUCUUGUUGUUCAGCACCCCAACUUUGAGAAUCUCACCCAGAUAUUCAGCUUUAAUUAUGCGCCACUGGUCCCGUAUGGUCCGAUUAAUGAUACUGCAAUGUUUUGGGGAAUAAAAUAUUACAAUGAUCUACUAAUGCAGGGUGGACCUUAUGGAAAUGUGCAAUCGGAGAUUUUACUUAGGAAGGAUAAAUCGAAGUUCACCUUUGAAAAAGGAUGGGCUUUCCCUCAUAAGGUUUACUUUAAUGGUGACAAUUGUGUUAUGCCACCUCCGGAUGUUUAUCCGUACCUACCAAAUGCUAGCGGCCACAGUGGGCUUAUACUAUUGCACUGUUUGGCCACAAUUUUGAUAUCUCUUAUUCUAUUACAUAACUUGUAGAAUUAUAAGAAAGAAAUACAAUUGAAGAAUUUCAUUGCUUCUAACGGAGAGAAUUUCCUGCCCUUAUCAAUAUCAACGUUAAAUGUCUUUAGAAAUUUCAAAAGCAUCACUUUUGCAACUUCAGCUUAACCACAAGAUUCCCAAAUGUGAAGGUUUACUUGUGAUUUUGUAGAUGUAACCACUGAUUUGGUGUGCUCCGGUUCGAUUGCUUGAGGUUUCAUAUAUUAUAUCUUUGUACGUAUUGCAACACCUCUGAGAAUUUUGAUAAAUGAUGUUCCGGCUUUUGACGGAACAUUUCAGGCCUUUUUCUUAGAAUAAUUGUGUGUUUUCAAGUAACUAUUAUUGUAUUUAAUAGUGUACUUUAGUGUUUUCAGGAUAAGAACUGAGUAUGAAGAAUAACUUGGAUAAACUAGGCCAAACAAAGGAAAAAUAAUUAGUGACGGCUUAGGCGACGGACCGUCGACCUGAACCAUUGCCCAAAAACAGAAGACAGUAACUCUGGACAUCCUGCGACGGUCUAGGUGACGGACCGUCGGCCCUGCGAUGAAGCGUCGGCCUAAACCGUCACCAAUAGACAGAAUGCAGAAUCACUAGAAGUCAUGCGACGGAUCAGACGACGGACCGUCGGCCCUGCGACGCACCGUCGCCCUACCCGUCUCCCAAAAGCAGAAGAUGGACUCACUGGAGCUCCAACAACGGUCUAGGCGACGAACCGUCACCUCAGCGACGAACCGUUGCUCGACCCGUCGAGCAUGAAGCGGCAACUCCAGUUCAAAUUUUAAAAUCCCAGUUCUGGAAAUAUAUAAAUACCAAGUAUUAGGGUUUAUUCCGGAUCUUUUGAAAGGAGUUCAUACUUUUCUUCUCUAUUAAGAGCUGU